AGAGUGCUCCUGUUAGGUUGUGACACAAACCCACGAAGAAGACAGGGAAGCGGAAGAGACGUGGCACAUAAACAGAGAGGAAGGAACCGGAAGUUAAGCAGCUAGCUGCAGUGAAGAGUUUACUGAUGACAGCUCAAGGAAACACCUUCCUUCCACGUGAAUCUGACCAGGAAGCUUAAAUGACAGUCGUACAACAUUACCUGAAACGAACGGGACUUGAUUAAAGUCUGUGUGACAGCGCAGGCGACUAUGGGUCUCUGCAAGUGUCCGAAGAGAAAGGUGACCAAUUUAUUCUGCUUCGAACAUCGAGUAAAUGUGUGCGAGCAUUGCCUGGUCUCCAACCACAACAAGUGUAUCGUGCAGUCAUAUUUGCAAUGGCUCCAGGACAGCGAUUACAACCCCAACUGUACUCUGUGUAAUAGUCCACUGAAUGCUCAAGACACUGUCAGGCUGGUCUGCUAUGAUGUGUUUCACUGGUCCUGUCUUAAUAACUUGGCCUCUCGGCUGCCCCUCCACACGGCUCCAGCGGGAUACCAGUGUCCCACCUGUCAGAGUCCAGUGUUUCCCCCUUCCAACCUCGCCAGCCCAAUCGCUGAUGUGCUGAAAGAACAGCUGUCAUCUGUCAACUGGGCUAGAGCUGGUUUAGGGCUGCCGCUGAUCGAAGAGCCCAUUGGUGUCCUUGAGGAGACCACAGCUAAUGAUGUCACUGACUAUACUGACUGGUCAACAUUUGAUGCACAAGAACAAAGUAACAUUUACCCCAGCCACUCUUACAACACCAGCCUCAACCCAACGCCAAAUUCGGUCUCGCCUCCAGCACAGGAAGACCUCGGAGGUCCUCGUAAAAACGGGGAUUCAAAUACACAGGAGCACUCCGUGGUCAACUUCACUAAUGCCACUACCUGUGACACAGUUACACUACACACAGCAUCGUCACCAAGAAAGAUCUACGACACGCGGGACAUUGAUCAGAGCUCCGUCACACAGAUUGACUUUGACGACGACAAGUACCGGCGGCGGCCAACGUUGAGUUGGUUCGCUCAAAUUCUCAAGAAUCGCACAGGUGGAAAGCGGACGUCUCUGUCCUGGAAACAGCGCGUCUUCAUGCUCCUCGUGGUCGGAGUUCUGGGAUUCUUUACGUUGAUAAUCAUCAUGGCUAAACUUGGACGUGCCUCCGCCGGCUCCGACCCAAAUUUAGAUCCUCUCCUUAACCCCAACAUCCGUGUGGGGAAAAACUGAUAACAAAGCAUUGAUUCCUUCUUUUCCUUCUGUGUUACACAAUAUACAGUAAGUCUGUGUAGAACGAGCUGAAAUGGGACUUUCCAAUACACGGUCAGCCCAACAGAGAGAGCCGUUUACCCAACUUGAAUGGAAAAGAGAAAGAGACGCUGCACCUUGUUUUUUUUAGAAUGGAGGCAGAGCUCCAUUCAUUUACACCAGGCGGUAAAAACAUGGCAGGGCCUUUCACAGACCAUAAAAUAUCUCCCAACAUUCGGAAGUUUCUUGUGAUCCAAGCAAACUCAAAAGGCGACCAAGGCCCGGUGUAUAUAGUCGAAGGAUACAGUUAUUGUUGCUUUGAAAAGCUAAAGGUGAAGAGGGGUAGUAUUUAUAUUUACAAUUCCAGCUAACAUUUGGUCAGUGAUCUUUGUAAGUUGAUUUUUUUUAAGUUCAGUAGAAACUAAUUAAACACAGUUGAUGUUGAAAGAACAUCUUUAACUGGCGGAAAAGUCAGAAUGUAUUUGAUCAGCAGCGAAACGUUCAAUAACGUUGUCUACAUGGUUCUUAAACUGAUUUGAUUUGAGUGGCCGUUGUGCGUUUCUCUUUCAGAGGAGAUGCAGCCCUCACAGCUGGAAUCAAAUAUAACCCACACAUAAUUAACACAUAACUACUUAUGGGUGUCUGCAUUACUUCUGAAAUUGAGUGCAUUGCUUUUAGAUUUGCCAUACAUACUGUAUGUAUAUUUCCCUGAUGUUUUUUGACUGUCUAUUAAAUGGGAAUACUACAGAA